AUUUUUAAAUGUCUUUUAAAUCAAGAGUAUAUAUUCGAUUCGCCUAACGCGACUAUCUUCAGUAACUUUCCCACAUUGCACAGUGGAAUGAAUUAUUAUAUAAAUUAAAUAACUGCUACUCUACAUUGUAAUGAAUUCUGUCUCUAAAUAUUUUUGUGGAUUAGUCUGAUAUAUGAAAGAAAGUACUAUAUGUUUUCUUACAAAUAUAAAUGUACUCAAUAUGAAUAUAUGUGUGUAUUUAGAAUAAGUAGUUAAGAAUAAAUCAAGAUUUGUGAAAAAUGAUGGAAGAGAAACUAAGUAAAAAAGGUCAUCGAAAACAAAAGAGGGCUUAUCAUAGACUUUUUAGAGAUAUGAAUAUUAAAUGCUGUAAUAAUCCAACAAAGUAUAUAAUGAUUUGCAAUGGUGGUUUAGUAACUGGGCUUCAAAGAGAAAUGUUACAAGACAUUAUAGAUCCAAUAAUUGCCAAAUAUGAUUUAAUAAUGCCAUUGAAUAAGUCAUAUUGUUUUAUAAAAUUAUAUUCAGUAGAAGAUGCUUCAUAUUUAUAUAACAAAAUUCAUGGUAUCAUAAAAAUUAAUGGACAGAAUACACCAUUGUAUGCAGCAUUUACAGAAACAGUUCCCGAUGUAGAGUAUGAAGAUUGGUCUGCUGAUUUUCCACCUGGACUGAAGUUAAUAGAGGAUAUUAUAACUGAAGAAGAAGAAACAAUGUUAUUAAAUUCAAUUAGUUGGUGCAAUGAAAAAUCAUGUGAUCUAAAACAUAGGAAAGUCAAACAUUUUGGAUAUGAAUUUCAGUAUGGUUCAAAUAAAGUAAAUCUUGAUAAGCCUAUUACUCCUAUUCCUGAAGAAUAUCAGUUUUUACAAGUACUAUUUAAAAAAUAUCAUAAUGUGCCAUAUGAUUAUGAUCAGCUGACAAUUAAUCAUUACUUACCUGGUCAAGGAAUCCCUCCGCAUAUUGACACACAUAGUGUGUUUGAAGACAGUAUAUUGUCACUGUCAUUGGGUUCUGCAUAUGUUAUGAAUUUUAAACAAGAACAUAAAAAAGCAGCUAUUCUUUUACCUCCUCGUUCAUUGUUAAUUAUGUCAGGAGAAGCUCGAUAUGCAUGGUCACAUGGAAUUUAUCCAAAACAUAAUGAUGUAAUGAGAACUACAAAUGGAAUUACAACACAAUUAAGAGGGACAAGAAUAUCAUUUACGUUCCGAAAAGUACGUAAGGGCAAUUGUUUAUGCAAUUUUCCAGAAUACUGUGAUACCAAACAAAAUUCUACCAGUGACAUCAUAGAUAAUGAAGUUGCUUCAGGAAUAGAAAAUUUAUAUGUGCACAAAGUUUAUGAUCAAAUAUCACAUCAUUUUGAUCAAACAAGGCAUAAACAAUGGCCUAAUGUAUCAAAAUUUCUUCAAAGUUUAAAUGUAGGUGAUAUACUAUUAGAUGUUGGUUGUGGAAAUGGUAAAUAUCUUUAUGAGGAAAAACAUAUAUUUAAGAUUGGAUGCGAUCGAAGUCAAAACUUAAUGAAAAUAUGUCAUGGUAAAGGUUUUGAAGUGUUCUCGUCUGACUGUUUAUACCUACCAUACAGAGAUAAUAGUAUAGAUGCAGUAAUAAGCAUAGCUGUAAUUCACCAUCUUUCAACUUCUGAAAGGAGAAAACAAGCUAUUUUCGAAUUAGCACGAGUUCUUAGGCCGAAUGGAAAAUGCUUAAUAUAUGUUUGGGCAAAAGAACAAGAAAAAGAUUCCGUUCAAACAGCUUAUCUAAAAUAUGGCUCAAAUAUAAAGGAAAAUACUGUAUCUACUCAAAAAAUAACAGAAUAUGGCGUGUCGUUACCGAUACAUGAAAAUCGUACAAAUUUUACAUCCACUGACAUGCUUGUUCCAUGGAAAAGAAAAGGCGGUGGAAACUUUCUUAGGUAUUAUCAUGUAUUUGAAGAGGGUGAACUUCCACAAUUAUGCUCAGAAGUGUCUAGUUUUGUAAUAAAAAAUGUAUAUUAUGAUGAAGGAAAUUGGUGUGUAAUUUUACAAAAAAAGAAAAUAAAUUAACUAAAACAAAAUCUU